AUGGCUCCUACAAGCCAUAUGACUUACCAGAAGGACGAGAAAGUUCUCUGCUUCCAUCAUGAGAUUCUGUACGAGGCCAAGAUUCUUGACCUGAGGCACACGGAUCCCGAAGACCGCAAGAGUCCUUAUGAGUACCUGGUCCACUACAAGGGCUGGAAGAACACCUGGGACGACUGGGUGCCCCAAGAUCGCCUUCGUAAAUUUACGGAGGAGAAUCGGGAGUUGGCCACGACGCUUCGUCGUGAAGCAGAGGCUGCAUUCCGCCAAAAGAGCACCAAAGCCUCCGUCAAGAAGAGGGGAGGCUCCGACCGCAGCUCCGCCCGGGGCAGCGAGGAAAGGCAAACUUCAGUUCCUGGCCGCGGAACCAAGAGAGCCCGAGACAACGACAUCGAAAAGGAAGAGAGCUUUUACGUGCGGCCCUCAGUAAGAAUAGUAAUGCCGGAUAAUUUGAAGUCUCUUCUAGUGGAUGACUGGGAAAACGUCACCAAAAACCAGCAAGUCGUGGCCUUGCCUGCCAAGUCUCCAGUCAAUCAAAUUCUUGACGACUAUGUCAAAGAGGAGAAGGAAAAGCGCACCAGCUCGGCUGACAUGGACGUUCUCGAGGAAGUAGUCAUGGGCAUACGCGAGUACUUCGACAAAGCACUUGACAAGGUCCUUCUGUACCGCUUCGAACGCGAGCAGUAUCGGGCCCUUCGCAAGAAGUGGGAGGCAGGAUCGGGCGAUUAUGCCGACAAAGGAUCCCUUGACAUCUAUGGCGCGGAGCAUCUGACUCGUCUUUUCGCGACCAUGCCCGAGCUCAUCGCUCAGACAAAUAUGGACCAGCAGUCCACGAACAGACUCCGGGAGGAACUCUCAAAGUUCACCAUGUGGCUGAGCAAAAACUCGAGCAAAUAUUUUGCCACGAGAUAUAUGACCGCGAGCAACGAAUACAUUGAGAAAUCGCGCGGCGUUCCCAACCCAAAUCCUGGGACUGCCACAUCGCGUUUAGUCUGA